UCAUACUUAAUUGAAUAGGAAAGUGAAACAAGAAUUUCAAGAUUUUUAAGUCAUAUGCUGAAACACAGAAAAUACUAAACAACUUAGCUUCAAUACAUAUUACUUAACAAUGAAGGAUUUGGAUCAGCAAGUAGUAUUGAAAGAUCCUGGUAAGAAUGUUGCCCUGGACACCAAUUAUGAUAUAUUUGAGGAUAAAUUUGAUUUUGAAAGAUUUCCUAAUGGAUCCUCUACAAAGCCGCAUUUCUAUUGCUGUCCCUUAAGUCCAUCGAUUAUAUCUGAUUUAUCCAUUGAUGUCGGCAUAAAAGAUAGAGGCAAUCCCUUCGGAAGAAAACCUUCACUUACUCGAGGACACUCUACACGUUUCACAUCUUUUCGUAUGCCAAGAUGUCGUUGUCAAAUACAGCGAAAACUUUCACAAAAAGUUCCUUUGAUAAGGUGCAGAGGACUUAAUGGCAAGUGGAAACAUUCUACAGGAAAACACAUUCCACAAUCUAAAAAUAUGUUAAAUUAAAACAAUGUUAUGGUGAUUAUAUGGAAUAAAAGAAUAAAA